UAUAAAAUGAAUAGGAUAAGAUAUUGUUUUGAAUUAGUUUCAGUAUUGUUCUUGAUGUUUACUGCUAAUGCAAGAGCUCGUGGACGUGGAGCUAUAGAUUUCGAUGUGAACUAUGUCGUUACAUGGGGACAAGAUCAUAUCUUGAAACUCAACCAAGGAAAAGAAGUUCAGCUCUCCAUGGAUUAUUCUUCAGGUUCUGGCUUUGAGUCUAAAAGCCACUACGGAUCAGGAUUCUUCCAAAUGAGAAUCAAAUUGCCUCCAAGAGAUUCCGCCGGUGUUGUCACAGCUUUCUACUUGACUUCUAAGGGAGACACCCACGAUGAGGUUGACUUUGAGUUCUUGGGGAAUAGACAAGGAAAACCGAUAGCAAUUCAAACAAAUGUAUUUAGCAAUGGACAAGGAGGUAGAGAACAAAAGUUUGUUCCUUGGUUCGAUCCCACUACAAGUUUCCACACUUAUGGGAUUCUUUGGAAUCCGUAUCAGAUUGUGUUUUACGUGGACAAAGUUCCAAUAAGAGUAUUCAAGAAUAUCAAAAAAAGUGGUGUGAACUAUCCAUCAAAGCCCAUGCAACUUGUGGCUAGUUUGUGGAACGGUGAGAACUGGGCAACAAGCGGUGGUAAAGAAAAGAUAAAUUGGGCCUAUGCUCCAUUUAAGGCUCAAUACCAAGGCUUCUCCGACCAUGGUUGUCACGUAAAUGGUCAGAGCAAUAAUGCGAACGUUUGUGGUUCGACAAGGUACUGGUGGAACACAAGGACAUAUAGUCAGUUAAGUGCAAAUGAGCAGAAGGUAAUGGAGAAUGUGAGAGCAAAGUACAUGACCUAUGAUUAUUGUUCUGAUCGGCCUAGAUAUCCUGUUCCUCCUAGUGAAUGUCGAUGGAAUCAAUGA